UUACACCCCGAAAGUGUGUUAUGAGGGCUCUAUUAGAAAGGUGAACGUGGGUUUACACCACUAAACACAAAAGUUUAAUCCUAUUCAUUAAACGACUUCACACCCCUGAUAAAUGCCAGCCGGGUCGCCCAAGAGGACCAUCAUUCCAUGCAAUGUUUUCCAGCCAGAUGACUUCUACUCCUUUCUCAGUGCGGGACAUACUGAACCUGGAGCAGAAUCAGGAGGACUUGGUCUCUCUGGAUAUGUCUCAGCGGCUGGACAGUGCACUUAUUCCGACCUCAUCCUGCAUGCUGUCCACUUUCAAACAAGAGCAGUUCAUGGAAAUGCCAUCCGGAGCGUCUCUCUUCAGCGAAGACCUUCAGGACGACAAAGGCAACAAAAACAGCUCUCUGAACUUCAGUACCGCUGCCUUUUAUGGGAAGAAUUUCCUAGAAAUGGACUUUGUUAAAGACGCAAAGAUGGAUGAAACUUUUGAAGAAAAAGAGAAAAAAGACAUCAGCUGCACUCAGGAAGAUCCAAGUGAAGAUCUGAAGCAGGAUGAUACGGAUCGACCCAAACAGAGGAAAAGGAGGAAGCCUCGUGUUCUGUUCUCUCAGGCGCAGGUGUACGAGCUGGAGAGGCGCUUCAAACAGCAGAAAUACCUCUCCGCACCUGAGAGAGAUCACCUAGCCAGCGUGCUCAAACUCACCUCCACACAGGUCAAGAUCUGGUUCCAGAACAGACGCUAUAAGUGCAAGAGGCAGCGUCAGGACCAGACCCUGGAGAUGGUGGGCAUCGCUCCUCCGAGACGCAUCUCGGUGCCGGUUUUGGUUCGGGAUGGAAAGCCGUGCCUGGGCGACGCUUCCACAUACAACACCUCUUACAACGUGGGGCUCAAUCAUUUCACCUACAACACCUACCCUGCCUUUAGUAAUUUCCCGAGUCCGGGCAACACGAACUACUCAUGCAACUACCCACCGAGCGUGUCCUCCCUCCAGCCCUCACAGUCCAGCAACAACUACAUCAACUUCGGAGCUGGGGAUCUAAAUAACGCGCAGGCUCCGUUUCAGUCCAGCAGCGGGGUUCCCUCACUACACGGCAUCCGAGCUUGGUGAAAUACAAACAAAAAACUUUAACUGCAUGCAUUAUUUCUUCUAUGGACAUUUACAUUCAAAUGACAAAUGAAUCCAGACCGGGUUGCUUUCGCUCUGUCACAUACGUUCAUUUUUAGGUUUUAAUAUACGCAUCGUUUUCUUUUAAAAACCUGUCUGAAUAAUUUGCUUGCACCUGAGUUAAAUUAUGAGAGAUAAACCGCACGUGAAAUAUAUAGGUAGAUUAUUUAUAAUUUUUUCACCAGAUGGCCUUUAAAACUCGGGCGAAGAUAUCAAGUUCUUUCUUUCUUUCUUUCUUUCCAAGGUCAGUCUUAUUUUUUAUUUUUUUUUAAAACCUCACAGACAAAUAUUAUAAACUGUAACCAAUAAAGUGCAUAAAUGAAUUAUUAUUAAUAAGAAACAAAUUUCUUUGUGUAGCCUAUAUCCAGAAGUACAUCACGAACACGGCUCGAAAUGAGGUUUUGUUAUUCAUUUGCUUGUGUAAGUCUAAGCUUUUUGAAGAAAUAAUAAAGGCUUUUCGAGAAUGCAAUUAUUAUUUGGUUUGU